CAGCAGAGGUGUGUCAUACAACUGAUGCGGAGGAUAAGGCAUAGAGCUGCACUGAACUGCUGCACAGCUGUGAGUACAUGAUCAGAAAAAAAAUACUGUACUUCUUUAUAAAGCACAAAUGCUUCUCCGUCUGCUCAUCCUCUCAGUACAGUUCAGCCUGUAAACUGACACCUCAGUGCUGGAUCCUACGCACCAAGGUGCAGCUUCAAACAUUUCAAAUUAAAAUACCCUUAAUAAUUGUCAACAUGAAUGCAUCAAUAGAAAAUGUUGAGGUUGACUGUUCCAAAUCAGGAAGACACAAUUACUUGUUCAUCACUGUCCCAAUAAUUUACAGCAUUAUAUUUGUUGUAGGAAUUUUUGGAAAUAGUCUUGUGGUGAUCGUCAUUUAUUGCUACAUGAAGAUGAAGACAGUGGCCAGCAUAUUUUUAAUGAAUUUAGCCAUUGCGGAUUUGUGUUUUGUGAUCACGUUACCUCUGUGGGCAGCAUACACAGCCAUGCGCUAUGAAUGGCCUUUUGGUAGCUUUUUGUGCAAAUUGGCGUCAGGAGCAAUUACAUUAAAUUUAUACACAUCUGUACUUCUACUUACGUGUCUCAGCAUUGACCGAUACAGAGCCAUUGUGCACCCAAUGAAAUCUCGCAUUCGCCGCACCAUGAUGUUUGCCAAAUUAAGCUGUAUUGCAAUAUGGAUUCUUGCAUCUUUAGCUAGCCUCCCCACUUAUGUCUUGCGGAAAGUAAUCCUCAUUAAAGAAGAAAACUUAACAGUUUGUGCUUUUUACUACACGUCCAAUGAAACACAAAAAGUAUUGAUUGGAAUGGCCAUCACAAAGAAUGUUCUUGGAUUUUUCAUUCCUUUCUUGAUCAUUUUGACAAGCUACAUCUUCAUUGGGAAGACACUGAAGUCAACAUUCCAAAGGCAAAGAGGCAAAUCCAGGUAUGAUGACAUACUUAAAAUGAUAGUGGCAAUCGUUCUGGUGUUCUUCUUCUGUUGGCUUCCACAUCAAGUGUUUACUUUUCUGGAUAUUUUGAUCCAGCUGGGGCACAUAAAAAGUUGUGUAGUAGAAGACAUUGUAGACUCGGCUAUGCCAAUUACCAUAUGCAUUGCUUACUUCAACAGUUGUCUGAACCCAUUUUUGUAUGGGUUUUUUGGCAAGAAUUUCCGGAAGCACUUCCUGCAACUUCUUAAAUACAUACCACCACAGAUAAGGUCACAUGCAAGCCUGAACACCAAAACAAGUACUCUUUCUUAUAGGCCAUCAGACAAUAACAGAGCCUUAGUCCGAAACACUUUGAAGUUGAAUGUACAUGAAGAAAUACAUGCAGGGGGUACUUAAAAUGGGAAAAAUAAAAGACAGAAAAACAAAGCAUUUAUAUACAAUGGCAUGGGAAUGGAUGAGUCGAUGAAUUGUAGAGAAAAAUACCACUUUUUAUUGAAGAAAAAAAUCUUAUAUGUCAAUAACUGCAAUUAUGUUAGCCAAUUUCACUACUGAGUCACACCAAUUCAUGCUCUACAGCCACUGACAUGUGUAUUCCAAUAACUUCCUGCUUUUGGGUGUCAGCUGGGAUGGUCUAUCUGAUAUAAUGGCAUGAGUGAUCCCAGUGCUAUGAUAAUAAAAAAACUGUGAAAAAAAA